GGAAGUCUCGACCAUUUCCACUGCACUUUUUAAACGCUCGUCCUUGUCCACUGCCAAGUAAAAGCAGAAUCAAAAUGGCGGGCUGAAACCAAAUUUUCAUUCAAAUCCAAGAAUUUCACAGUCUCUCUCGCACGCACGACAAGCAAGCAUUCGCUCAAUCAAUAAUCUACAUGCAAAUGCAAAGUGAAGCGGUGGAAUCUUUACGGACAAAAAUGGAGUCUUCGCGAUUGAGCUGCGAAAGAGAUGUCUCUCUCGAACUUCAGAAAGUAGAUUCUUUCACGGCGUCGUUUGCUCAGUCUUUGGAUUCGAUCAAGGCCAGAGUAGAAGAGACUCUCGAAAAUCGAGGGAAAUUACAGAAGAUGAAAUCUAGCUUACGGGAAGCUGAGGAUGACUUUGUUAAAGUGCUAGCAGUGAAGACUCGUAAGGAGGCUAAGCAAUUGGCAAUCAGGGACUCCAUUUCUGCUACAAGAGCUAGAAUAGAAGAACUUAAAAGAUCCGUGCAAGUUCAGUUGGCUAGGAGGGAUGAUUGCAAUGCAAUUAUGUCCCAACAAUCUCUUGGAAAGGAAAACCAAGAUGUUGAACAUGGAGGAGAUAUUCAAGAGGGGAUAUCAUGGUAUAACAGGGUUCUCGGUUUUCGAGUUGAAGGCGGAAGAGGAGUAAAAUUCACGUUCAACCACAUUAAUAUGAGAAAUCCAUAUGAGGAGUACACUUUCAUCAUUCGCCAUGAAGAUGAUAUGUAUACUUUGUUGGCAUGUGAUCCCCAAUUGGAUGGCACCAAAGAGUUGAUCCAUGAAUUGAAUAGAACCAAUGGCUUAUUCAAAUUUGUCAGAACAAUGAGAGAGAGAUUUCAAGAAUCUGCAUCACUCGGAAUUUUGCCUAAUUCAACAACUCUCUAUCAAGAGUCUGCCGCAAUAUCUGCUUCUGCCCCAGGUUUUUCAGUUUCAACUGAUGGAAGUGAAUCCCCAGCAAAGGAAAACCAGAAUUCACAAGUAAAAAGACAGUCUAAGAAAGUUAAACUUGGAAGAAUGGCUAACAUGUCCCCUGGAUCAGUUCGUCGUUCUCCUCGUUUUGUUAAGCGCAAGGAAUGAAGAUGAAGUAAAGCCAGCUGUUGUCAGGUGUAGUCUGGCAUGCAAUUUGUGUUAUUUUUCUACUUGCUCAAAUGGCAAUAGGUUCUGACACAUUUGCUUGACAGUGGACUUGCAUUUAUAUAAAAAUUUGGUUGAAAGAGAUAGCUCCAGCACCCAACCAUUGUCAUUCUUCAUAUAUGACAAUAGUGGUGGUAUAUUUGUAUUGUACUCCUGUACUGAAAUGAGCUGAUGGCAGAUUAAAUGUAAAAAGUGACUGAUCAUUACAAUUUUAGAUUUCUGUAACAGUAGAGACUAGAAGUUCCUUUGUGUUGAUAUCAUCUGUUGAUUUCAAUUUUUUUGAACUAAAGGCUUGGCCUCAUCUAUUGAUUUCAAUUUUUUCUGCAUAAUCUCUAUAUGUAAAUGAACUAAGGUUUACUGUGA